AUUCGUUGUUAAGAAAUAUGUAUUUUCGUUCGAGUAAACUCUUCACUUUACGAUAGAUACUGAGUUUCUGUUUAAAAUCUUUACGCUACUACGAGUUCUUUGAGUUAACGCACUCUUUUUCGUAAAGAAGAAGAAGAAGAAGAAGAAGAAGAAGAAGAAGAAGGAGGAGGAUAAAAUAACAAGGAUAAGAAUAAAAAUAAAGAAAUAACGUUUAUGGAAGCUGAUAAUAAGAGUAAUUGUCCUAUUUGUACUAGUUGUUUACAGGAGAAAAAUUCAAGAUUUUUACCUUGUAAUUCUCAUCAUAAAGUCUGUUUGCAGUGUUUAAAUCACUUGGCAAAGUUUAUAAGAGUUGGCUAUGAAUUUUGCUGUCCUAUUUGUCAGACAAGUAUUAUAUGGCCUGAAAAGGGGGUUAGUUCUUUUAAAGGUAGUCUAAGAAACGGUAAACUGAUAAAGGAACACGAAAGUUAUAAUUAUAGACACGAAGAAGAUGGAAUAAACGAUUGUUUUACAAAAGAUUUUAAAGAGGGAUUAUCAAGAGAAUUAAUCUCAAUUAGGGAAGACGAAGUAAAAGAACUAGAUAAAUUAGAGAAUCAAGUUAAUGAUAUUAUUAGUAUUAUUAAAAAAGAACGUAAUAUAUUAAAAGAUGAAUUGGAAACGUUUUAUGCAAAUAAGAAAAUGAAAAUAAAGCAAUUAAUUGAAAAAGCAGAAAUUUUUAGUUCAUACCCGAAAUUGGAAAGAUUUAAAAAUGAAGAUGAAGUUUUAGAAUGGAAGAUUAAGCAGAUGAAAACUAAACUGUUAAAGGCGAGAAAAGAGACGCUAGGAGAAAAAGCUUUCUUUAAGCCAGUAUUUAGUAAGGAUACAUUAGAAAUUGGAAGAAUUCUUUCACCUUAUUCGGAUCAGCCAACAUACGAAUAUUCAACAUUAUUCAAAGGAUUUAUAUGCCAAAGCCUUUCAUCGCCGAACGAUAAACAUUACGCAUUAGUCGCCUCAGGUAAUACAGAUCGAUUAUACGAUGUAGAAAGUGGAGAGAAAUUAAUAAAAUUCAACGCAAAGGUAACGUCCGCAUCACUAGAUAACAAUGACCAUCUUUACAUCAUGAUCAAAUGUGAAUCGGAUGAAUUCUCCAUUGGUAAAAUCAAUACAAAAUCAAAGAAGAUUGAAUGGUUUUACGUACAAGAUAAAAUAACAAUCUAUUUCAUCGAAACCGAUUGGAUAAAGAAUAACAUCUGCUUUAUAGAAAAUAAUAACUUUUGGAUCUAUGACGAUAGGGAUAAAACGUUAAAAUAUAGACAAUUUAAUCAAACUAUCUGCGAUUUUAAGGUAUCGAAGGAAAAUAUUUAUAUAUUGUUUCACGACAAAACUAUUGAAUGCUUAGAAACUAGUACGGGGUUAGUCAGAAACUACGAUAUCGAAACUGGCAAUAAGGACUUUUCUAUUAGAUUAGAUAUCAUUAAUAAGCUUGUUAAAGGAAGUGUAUUAUUAUCAAAUUCCACUGGUAUUUAUGUUGUUUCACCCAAAACGGAUACUGCAAUUUUCUAUCGUCACGAAAGAAUUUUCAACUAUGGAAGAAUCUUAAGUUAUAGUUUAACAAAUACUGAGAUUAUCUUCUCUAUUAGAACUUAUUUAUCAAUGGAAAAGUUGAUUUUAGCACAUUACAAAUUAUAAUUAGAUUGAUUGUUUAUUUAUUUAAUAUCCUAUUAUAUGACACACACACACACACACACACAUACUUCUUCACUUUCCUAUCUUUCCAAUAUCUUUAUCAAUACGUUUAAAUAUCCUCGAAUAUGCCAACAAAAGAAUUCAGAAUUAACAUAUCUGAUAUAAAACGGUUAUGCAAACAAAUCACAAAGUAAAAAAUAGGUUAAGAACGUUUUAAAUAAUUACAUAUUACUAUAAUAAUUCUUAAUAAUAUUUUUAAUAUAAUAUAAGCCUAGUUUUGAAUAUGAUAACAACGG